GCUGAGAGCAGAUGGAAAGAUUGUAGUGUGUGUGGGGGGAGUAAGCAAGCAGCAGAGAGAGAGAGAGGUGGAAGAAGCCAUGCAGAGAGUGAGGCAGCCCAGCGACGAUGCUUGAUGAACUGUACCACUGACCACCAGAAAGCCUUUCUUCCAUUUUGACUGAGCCCCAAGGAAUCAGACAGGACAGGGGAAACAUUAACUUAUCGUCCCAGCUGACGGGCCAAACAAGCCCAGGACGUGGACAGAAACAGAAAGAAAGAGUUAGAGGCGUGAAGAAAGAGGGGAGUUUUACAGAUGAGAGUUAAAGUAGAGGGGCAGAAGGAGAUGCUCAGAGGGACCAGAGAGUGAAGAGAACAGUGAAACACAUAACAGGAUUGCUACAGGUGUGUCUACACAGCCUGCUCGAAGAAAGGGCGAUAAACCGGGGUCACCUGAACAGAGACAAAGAGCAAGCUCAGACAAAAUUAGAUAGACAGAACUAGAUACGGAUGGCCAACUCAGGUCUACAGCUGCUGGGCUAUUUCCUGGCUUUGGGUGGCUGGAUUGGCAUCAUCUCCACCACCGCCUUGCCCCAGUGGAAGCAGUCGUCAUACGCUGGUGAUGCCAUCAUCACGGCUGUAGGUCUGUACGAGGGGCUGUGGAUGAGCUGCGCCUCGCAGAGUACAGGACAGGUGCAGUGCAAGAUCUUUGACUCCAUGCUUUCACUGGAUAUCCACAUCCAGACAUGUCGGGCACUUAUGGUGGUGUCAGUUCUGCUGGGCUUUAUCGGCAUCAUUGUCAGCGUGGUGGGCAUGAAGUGCACUAAGGUGGGAGACAACAACCCAGCCACCAAGACCCGUGUCGCUGUGACCGGUGGAGCCCUCUUCCUGCUUGCAGGUCUAUGUACACUGGUGUCUGUGUCCUGGUAUGCCACGCAGGUGUCCUAUCAGUUCUUCAACCCAAAUACACCGCUCAAUGCCAAGUAUGAGUUCGGCUCGGCCCUGUUUGUGGGCUGGGCCGCGGCCAGUCUGACGGUACUGGGCGGCUCCUUGCUGUGCUGCUCCUGCUCCAAAGAAGACCUGCGAGGACAGCAAUAUUACCGCCAAUCACAGCCUUCCACAGCCAGGGAGUACGUGUAAACCCCAUCCCCUUCCAGCAGCCACCCAAACAGAGAGCAGAGGACACAUUUGGCACCACCCUUUCACUCAGAUUAUGCCUGCUAAAACAAAACCAGAAGACUAUCAUGCAAUACAAACACACACACACAGUCAAGUAGUACUCACACACUGGCAUUCACUACAAGUACUCAUACACACCACAUACAGAAUUACACACAGACACAUUAUUCACCAGUAGGAUUUAUUUCUGUGGCUAAAACAACUACAGACAACCUACAUAUUUCACAUUAAUCAUCACUUACAGUAUAUAGCUUGUAUUGUCAAUGAAAACCUCUCAUGUGCCUUAAUGGCAUUAAAUACUGCAGCUGCUUAAAUCUAACUCCAACAAUCACAGCUGCUCACUUUGAGUCACCCAUUCUCAAAGAGAUCAAAAGAAAAACAAUUUUAAAAAAGUUUCUUGGUAGAGCAAAAGUGUAUUUAAAGUGAACCCAGUGGCAAAUUAUAAAUUGUAUCUCAGCAGACACCAAAAGACAAUGGACAUGGAGCUAAAAAUACUAGUACUGAAAAACUUGAACUUUUAUUAGCAUGCCCAGUGCUUCCUGGUUGGAGCUGCAUCUGUGUUUGCUUCCAUAUUGCUUUGUGGUUUCACACUCCACUGGUGCAGUUAGGUUGUGUAAAGGGAGAGCCCAAACCACUGUACAAAACACAGAAAGGUUACUGAGCAGCUCCUCUGCUGCUGUGGGAGAAACAGAGGUUGGCUUGUACAACCUCACCCAAGAAAACAGGCCUUUUAGGGUGUGAUCGCAGAGGACUCUGAUUUCUCCUGCUUAGACCUAAAGCACAGCUGUGUGAAAGUAGGCAACAAAAGGCAUGAGGCAAAGGAGCUCUGACAGGCUUACUGUGGCGCAGCUGUCCAAUUAGUAGCAGCUACCCUGAAGAAGAAGGAUAUUUUUGAAGAUAAAAAUAAGGGAGAUCAAAUUAACUGCCUAAUUGCUCUUGAUAAAAAAGGUGAAAAGCCCACUCUAAAACCCAAAAUAUUGAUUAAGUUUAAUUUGCUUUACAUAUAAUGAGAUCAGGGAAGUAGCCAGAAUUUUAGAAAUACAUAUAUACUUGAUCACUUAUAAUAUUUCUAAAUGUUAUUGGCUUUCAAAACAAAAUCUUUCAUUUCA